AUGCCCUCGCCAAAUCCCGUACCGGCGACACCUCGCGUGAUAUCGCCGACCCCCUCUAUAUCGGACCCGUCAGAGACACCCGAUGGAUACCUCAAACCGGUAACACGGUCUGCAGCACGUCGCCGGCAUCAGCCAGAUGGUUCAGCCGAAAGUUCUGGCUCAGCGCGAACAUCAAGAUCCCCAACCACACCAUCGGCUCGGCGCAACCGCCGAUCAAACCCUAUGAUACCCGCCUCGCCGCCGCGCUCCGUAAACGGUACUGCAUUGAACACUCAUCUAUCCCCGUCAAGCAUUCCCGAUGCCCUGCGCGACUUGUCAAGAUCACCAUCUCCCCUCGGACUGAUCCCCCUCCACGCACGCUACCGCAGCUUCAUUCACCGCCAUGAAAUCCCGCGCAAGCUUUUGCACGUGUCAAUCGGGUUUUUGACUCUGUCAUUAUAUAGCCGAGGCGUGCAGUCUCUGCAAAUCACACCAGUCCUCUUCACCGCCCUGGUGCCGAUUGCAGCAACGGACCUGAUCCGCCACCGCUUCGAGAAGGUCAACAAAGUAUAUAUUCGCUGCAUGGGUGCCCUCAUGCGCGAAACAGAGGUCACCGGCUACAACGGCGUGAUCUGGUAUCUCCUCGGGGCGUACGUUGCUCUCCGAUUCUUCCCCAAGGACGUCGGUGUCAUGAGCGUACUACUCCUUAGCUGGUGUGACACCGCCGCCUCGACAUUCGGUCGUUUGUACGGCCGCCACACCCCCCGUCUGCGUCCUGGAAAGAGCUUGGCUGGUACUAUGGCGGCUUGGCUCAUGGGUGUUGUCACCGCCGCUACUUUCUGGGGCUGGUUUGUGCCUUACUUUGGCGCUUUCCCCAAUGACCCAGAAAACGCUUUUAUGUUCACGGGACGCUUGAAUCUGCUCCCGAACUGCGUUCGCGGCCUUCUGGGCUGGGUGCACAGUGACUCGGCGGUCAUCACCGGCCCUUUGGCUUUGGGUGUCAUGAGUGUCGUCUCUGGCGUUGUUGCCGCCGGCAGCGAGUUCAUUGAUAUGUGGGGCUGGGAUGAUAACCUGACGAUCCCCGUGUUGAGUGGAGUUGGCCUAUGGGGUUUCCUCAAGGUCUUUGGGUAG